GCGGGAGGAACCGAGGGGAGGGCGUGAGGCGCGAGACGCCGGCAACCUCGCUCGGGCCCAAGUCACCGCCCGCGUCCCCGGCUGAGGCGGCCGCAGGGGCCGGCGUCGAGGGCGUGGCGGCCCCGGGCGGAGGGGGGGGUCUGUCCGCCCCAGGCGGUGCUCGUCACCCCCGGGCCUCUCCCCUCGAGUGCACAGCAGGUAGAUGCUGCAAAGCUGACCACUGGAGUUCCUGGAUCCGGGGAACCCACGUGGUGGAAGGAGAGAACCAAUUCCUGCAGGUUGUCCUCUGACCUCCACUAAGUGUCUGGCAGAUAUCCUAGAACUUUACCCACAGAGAAGAUGCUACGAGACACCAUGAAGUCUUGGAAUGAUAGCCAGUCAGAUCUCUGUAGCAGCGACCAGGAGGAGGAAGAGGAGAUGGUCUUCGGUGAAAAUGAAGACGACUUGGAAGAGAUGAUGGAUCUGAGCGACCUGCCCACCUCACUUUUUGCUUGUGGUGUCCAUGAAGCAGUGUUUGAGGUCCCAGAGCAGAAGGAGAGGUUCGAAGCUCUGUUCACCCUCUAUGAUGACCAGGUCACGUUCCAGUUGUUCAAGAGCUUCCGCAGAGUGCGGAUCAACUUCAGCAAGCCCGAGGCUGCGGCGAGAGCUCGGAUAGAGCUCCACGAGAGUGACUUCCAUGGCCAGAAGCUGAAGCUGUACUUCGCACAGGUGCAGGUGUCCGGGGAGGCUCGGGACAAGUCCUACUUACUGCCACCACAGCCCACCAAGCAGUUCCUCAUCUCCCCUCCAGCCUCCCCGCCAGUGGGGUGGAAGCAAAGUGAGGAUGCCAUGCCUGUGAUCAACUAUGACUUACUCUGUGCUGUCUCCAAGCUGGGGCCAGGGGAGAAAUAUGAACUGCACGCAGGAACCGAGUCCACCCCCAGCGUGGUGGUACACGUCUGUGAAAGCGAAACGGAAGAGGAAGAAGAUGCAAAAAACCCCAAACAGAAAAUCACGCAGACUCGGCGCCCAGAGGCCCCCACGGCCGCGCUGAGUGAGCAGCUGGACUGUGCACUGUGAGCCCUGCCGCCGCAUCUGUGCUGCUGCUGCUGCUGCUGCUGCUGCACCUGUGCUUCCUGAUGCUGCCGCUGCACCUGCUGUGGAGCGCAGCCAGGAGAUGCCGCUGCAUCCAUCGGGCAGCCAGGCCAGCCUUGCCAGGCCGGAACGUGGGGUGAAGUAGCAGAUGUGGCCAGCUGUUUGAAAUUUUGAACAAUAUUCUAAAUGGCACUUUACGCGACAAGGUUAGCCCCCACUGUGUGGCACCUGACUCCUCCCCCAGAAACCUUAGUUCCCCUGAACGUGUAGAUCGUUGGGUACCAAAGGCCAGAACUAGAAUCACCAGUGCACUACCAUUUUUACAGAUUUAAAAAUUAGUCUUACAAUUUCAGUAAUUUGGUGUGGGUAUUUUUGUACUGGUGUGGUAGUGUCUAACAAAUACAUUGAGCAAAGGCUGAAUGUUACUCAUUGUACAUGACUUUUUUUGUUAGAUAUGAAAUCAUGUGUAGAAGUCAUUUUUCUCCAGUAUUUUUCCACUAGCCUUGGGAAUGAAAUGCCAACUGGAUGAGAUUGUCAGCUCCACACGGCAUGCACAGAUGUGCUCUUGGCUCUCAAUAUCCCUCUCGCAGUUGGUGGAGGUGGUGCACAGAACCCUGCCCCCAGGGCAGCCCUCCCAGGUAAGCCUGGGCUCUGCAAGCAGACUGUGUCACCGGAAGCUUGGCUGCUGAUGACAAGGAGUUGCAGCCUGGGGAGGAACAGCAGCUCUUCAGGUAAUCUCCUGGCCAUCCUGAUGCUGGCCUGUCACUGCUGGAGUUGUCCUGCCUUGUGUGGAGACUUGGGGAUGCUAGUCACAGUCUUCAAUUUUAGAAAAUAAUAAGACUUUCUGAAGACCACUUUAAAUCGGGAGGAGUUGUUUCUUUCUCUUUUUUGUUUGUUUGUUUGUUUGAAGACAGGGUUUCACUUUGUAGCCCAGGCUGGCCUUGAGCCCAAGACUGUUCUCCUUCCUCAGCCUCUUGAGUCCUGGGAUUGAAGGUAUUAGGCACUGGGUGCAGUUCCUGCUUCCCUUUUUAAUGAAAUUUUCCACCUUAGCUUGCAGUUGACAUUUAUAUAGAAUUGCUUCUUGCACAUGUCAAUGCAGCAUCACUAGCGUGCUGGGGCUGCAGUCCCUCUGGAAGAAUGCCCUCCUGCCCAGGAGUGCCCUGCUCCAGGUGGGUCAGCUGGCCCCACCCUCUCACUGUGCUUUCUUAAUACAUGGCACGUAUGCAGAGCUGGCUGGUGUACAUGAAGGGACUAGACAUAGAACUAAGAAACGAACACAGCAGCUACUGUAAAGAAGAGAAAUGGAGAGGUUGAAGCCAUGAUGGCUGUGUUCUUUGGGUGACAUGUUAGGGCUGAGUGUCUUUUGUGGUAGAAUUGAUUUCUGAAGAUUUAAACUGUAUUACACGCACACACAAAUGUCUUCUAACUUGUUGAAACAGGGUCUCAUAUAGUCCUGGUUGACAUCAAACUUGCUAUGGUCUCAAGGAUGACCUUGGACUCUGCUCCUGCCUCUGUCUCCUAAGUGCUAGGAUCUCAGGCAAGCACCACCACACCUAACAACAGCAACACCAGAGGAGUUGUCCUUGCCCUCCGACUCUCGGCCCUCAGAUGCCAAUCUGUUCGUGUUUGCCAUUGGGAAACUCGGUGUGGAUUCCAUUGAAGGUUGCGAUUCCUUCCACACUGGUUGUCGGCUCCAGAUCGUCAUCUGUCGGGCUAACUGAGAGGCUCUGCUCUGCACCCACCUUGACUUGGCAGUUCUGAGCUCAGCAGUUUGCUUCUUUUGGUUGCAGGACAGACCCUAGCUGCCAGCAAGCAGGUAGAUUUUCAGCAGUUGGGAAGUUUUUGUGUUCCCCAUUAUACAAUAGAAAUUCUCUCCAAUUUUCUAAGUGAUCAAAACCCAAUUUUUAAGUUUGUCUUGGCUUUCAUUUUCUAGCUGCCAAUUAAAGAAAAAAAUGUUUUAAAGAA